GCCAAGAUAGCGGACCUGGGCGUGGCUCGUAUCGUUCCUCGUGUGAGAGCUGCAGCCAUCAUGACAACGGGACCUGGGGCUUCAGUCUAUAUGCCUCCAGAGGCCACUGCUCCUGCUGCUUCCAACAUUCAAAUGUCGAAAUACGACGCCAGUGUUGAUAUUUUUUCUAUUGGGGUUGUUUCCAUUUUCACAAUCGGUGAAAUCUUUCCCUGUGAUCCUCUUGCUCCAACUUUUGCAGAUGAGAAAAGUGGGGUGGUUGUAGCUCGCACUGAACUACAGCGACGCAGCCAUUACAUGCGAAACGUAAACGAGCAACUCCGUGCCUGUGGCCAGCUCCGUGGGGACCACCCUCUCAUUCGGCUGAUCCAGCAAUGCCUGCAAAAUUUCCCUUCCAAGAGGCCAGGUAUUCGUGAGGUGCUGCGUCUGCUGGAGGAGGCCAGAGCUGGUGUUAGAGAUGAAGGGAGUGAGAGGAACAAACGUGAACUGGUACGAGCUCUUCAGACCCAGCCCAGGAACCAGAAUUUGGAGCGUGUUCUCCGAGACCUGGUGACAGAGAAUGCUCAUCUCCAGUCCCGUGUGCAGGCCAAAGAGAGGGAGUUAGCUACAGCGCAGCAGCAAUUAAGACGUAAUGAAGAACAUUGGCAAGCAACUAAGAGGGAGAUGCAGACACUCAGACAUGAGCUGACAAGAAAAGAGAUAGAGUCGACAAGAAAUAAAGCAGAGCUGACGAGAAAUAAAGCAGAGUUGGCGAGAAAGGAGGCAGAGGAGACUAUCAGGGGAGAGCAGCAGCAGAUUCAGGAGAUGAGACAGAGAGAGACUGAGUUAGUGCAGGCUAAGGACAGGGAGAUGCCUCUGCUUCAACAGCAACUGGGGGAAAAGGAGCAGCAGAUUCAGGAGAUGAGACAGAGAGAGACUGAGUUAGUGCCGGCCAAGGACAGGGAGAUGCCUCUGCUUCAGCAGCAACUGGGG